UGGGCCAUUAUUUCUUAUAUAAACUUGACAGACCAGAAGAGACCAUAAUUAGUCUGUACCAACUCCUCUUUGGUUUGGAUAAUUUGAUAACAUACUCCAUGUUACUACAUCAAGAGCGUGAAGCUGAUAUUAUAGAGGAAAGAUUGAAUAUUGAAAAGUAUCAAGGGAUUUGGCUAAUCUCGGGGAAGCCCGAUCUGUCUUCCCCCUUGUUUAGCCCUUCACCGCGACCCGUCUGCUCGUCGCCCGUGCCGCCUCCUAAUAUGGUCGUCGUGUACCUGCCAAUCAUUUUUUCUGAUGUAAUGGUUCCUACCGGUGAAAAGUUCCCACCUAAUGUAUCCGAAUCCAAAAAUGAUGUUUGUACACACUCUUAUACACACUUUUGUACACACAUAUGUUUGUGAAAGUUUUUUUUUGUCUGUGAACAUCGAUUCACAGACAAUGUUUUGCACAAACAAAAAAAAGCUUCACAUACAUGGUGUGUAUAAGGUGUGUACAUCAAGCAUGGUUGAUCGGAAUCCUUGACCUCCAUACUAAACACAGCAUCAUCUUCAAGUCUUCAUCCAACUCCAUACAAUCGACACCAGCCAACCAAGGGUUUAAAGAUCUUCGGUAAGAGGCCAACGAAAUAUGCAAAGAUGGAAACUGCACAGCCUUUAUUGCUGUUGAAAAAUGUCACGCACUGACUUGAAGUUCGUCCGCAAUCUUUUCCCUUGCGGAAAAUCCAAAGAAAGCCAAAAAAAAAAACAGGCCGCACGGUGAAAAACGGCUGUAAAUUGGAUUCUUUAAACUCCAAAAUACAAAUACUUUUCCUCCCUCAAAAAAUUAACACCCAAAUACACUCUUAAAACCCAACUCUAUUUGUACUCGCAACUUCUU